CACGUGACGCCGCUGCUGUCCGCGGUGCUGAAAUCAUCCGGAUCCGCUCAGAAACCGCUUCUCGCGUCUUUCCGAAGCGAAGAAUACUUACUAGAGAUGAUUUAUUGAUUCACAUCUGAUUGUGAUUGUGAUUUUGGGGCUCGUCAUCCGCGCGCGCUCAGGGCGGGUCGUGUGACGUCACGAGUGACUACAUCCUCGGUCCAGACACUCGGCGACUCCGCGCGCCCGUUGCGGAUAUUUGCACCUCGAAACACCGAUAAAAUCGUCACUUAAAGCUGAACGGAGGGAACGGAUAAAGCGCGGAGAUGUCUGUGGCGGGGCUGAAAAAGCAGUUUCACAAAGCGACGCAGAAAGUCAGUGAGAAGGUCGGAGGAGCGGAAGGCACCAAACUAGACGAUGACUUCAAAGAAAUGGAAAAGAAAGUGGACAUUACGAGCAGAGCAGUGCUCGACAUCAUGACCAAGACCACAGAAUACCUGCAGCCAAACCCUGCGUCGAGGGCCCGUCUGAGCAUGAUCAACACCAUGUCUAAGAUCCGGGGUCAGGAUAAGGGUCCGGGUUACCCUCAGGCCGAGACGGUGCUGGGAGACGCCAUGCAGAGGUUCGGCCGCGAGCUCGGAGAAGAGUCCUGCUUUGGUCUGGCUCUGCUGGACGCCGGUGAAUCCAUGCGUGAGCUCGGUGAGGUCAAAGACGCUUUAGACAUCACCGUCAAACAGAACUUCAUCGACCCGCUGCAGAACCUGCACGACAAAGAUCUCCGAGAGAUCCAGCACCAUCUGAAGAAGAUGGAGGGCCGUCGUCUGGACUUCGAUUAUAAGAAGAAGCGUCAGGGGAAAGUGAUGGACGAUGAGAUCAAACAAGCGCUGGAGAAAUUUGACGAGUCUAAGGAGGUCGCGGAGCAGAGCAUGUUUAACCUGCUGGAGAACGACAUCGAGCAGGUGAGUCAGCUGUCGGCUCUGGUCCAGGCUCAGGUGGAGUAUCAUCAGCAGGCGGCUGAGAUCCUGCAGCAACUCUCCAGUAAGAUAGAAGACAGGAUAAAGGAAAUGUCCAACAGACCCCGGAGGGAGUACAUUCCCAAACCCCCCAUGGAGCUUCAGCUGCCCAGUGAGAAUUACAACGGAGGAAUAAACUCUGCAAAAUCACCUGCGCGCUCACCAGCUCCGUUGGAUCAGCCGUGUUGUCGCGCGCUGUAUGACUUCGAGCCGGAGAACGAGGGUGAGCUCGGCUUCAAGGAGGGUGACAUCAUAACUCUGACCAAUCAGAUCGAUGACAACUGGUACGAGGGCAUGAUCCACGGCCAAUCAGGGUUCUUUCCCAUCAACUACGUGGACAUCCUAGUGCCUCUGCCUCACUAGGCUCCGCCCACCCCCACUGUUGCCUAGCAGCCCAACAGCCGCCUUUAUCGUGCAUCUGUGCUACAGCUUCACUUCCUGUUCCUGUCGAUCAGUGACUCGGAAGAUUAUGAUGAUAUUGAGGAGGAUUAAAGACAUUACGGAGUUCUGUCUGAGUGGAGAAACAGUUCAAGUGCUCAGUGUGUGUGUGUGCGCUCCUGGAUUCAUGGUCUACGGUGAAUCAUGAGUGUCUUUAUAUUGUUUUCCUCGUGUUUCAGAUUAUUUAUUUGUACUUUGCCUUGAUUGACGUAAGAGAACUAGUGCUCACUCUUCUGAUAAACCUCACUUCGUCCAGCUCUAUCCCAGCAUGCUUAUAGGAAAGUUCUGGAUCUCCAGAUGUGUGUUUGAUUGCGUUGCUGAUCUCUGUUUGACGCACGCGUUAAAUAUUUUUUCUCCCGGCUAAACAGCGAACAAAGAGAUGUUAUUCCGCUUUGUUAAUGUUAUUGCUUGCUGAUGCAUUUUGGCUUUAGCUUAGAA